GUGUUUAUAUUGGGGAGGGCGUUCUACAACAUUUUCCUCCACCCUCUGUCUGAAAUCCCCGGGCCCAAGCUCUGCGCGGCCACCGACGUGAGUUCCCCCCAACCACCCUUCUUGAAACCCGCUUGUUUUAUAUUACUGAGACUCGCACGCAAUAGUUCAUCGUAGCCUACCACUUCCUCAGCGGGCGAUACCCAUUCUACAUAAAGUCCCUCCACGACAAAUAUGGAACAAUAGUCCGCAUCGGGCCCAACCAGCUCUCCUUCUCCUCUGCCAGCUCUUGGCGUGACAUAUAUGGCCACUCAUACAGCCGGAGGCAAUUCCCGAAAUCCCAUUUCUACUCCUUCGGUGCGAGGCACAUGAUCAAUGAGCGGGAUCCACAUAAGCACUCGGAGAUGAAAAGAAAGCUUUCACAUGGGUUUUCAGCGAAGGCUUUGCUGGAACAGGAGGAUAUUGUCCAAGGUUAUGUGGAUAAGUUGAUCGGGCAGAUUAACGUGCACGGGACGAGACCGGAGGGGGAUGAAAUGGUGAAGUGGUAUAAUUUCUUUACUUUCGACUUGAUUGGGGAUCUGGCUUUCGGACAGUCGUUUGGGAGUUUGAAUGACGGUAUGUGUGUACUUCGGGAUUUUAUUAGUGCUUGGUCGAGAGGUACUAACGCAGGGUAGCAAAACCACACUUUUGGGUCAGUUUGCUUCUUGGGAAUGUCAGGGCUAUUGCGUGGAGGAGUGUUGCCAGGUGGUUCCCUGUGUUCGAAAAGUUAGGUGUUUGGACUGUGCCGAAGAGGGUCAUGGAGAUGAGGAUCAAGCAUAGCGAAUACAGCCGAAAGAUGAUUGUCCAGCAAGUACCCCCCUUGGAGCAGACAUGGGCCGAAUCAGCUAACUUGCUAUCUAAGACGAAUGAAUUUGAAGACUACUCGCAGGGAUUUGCUUUCCGGACAGUUCGGCCCCGACGGCCCGGGCAUGACUAUCCCAGAAUUAUCUGGCCAGGCCAGCACAAUCAUGUGCCAUCACUCUUCCUUAGGGCUCUGCCGGAAUGUUUGGCGUAAGCUGACUUGACGCUCCAACAGCACUGCCGGCUCCGAAACAACAGCAACCUUCCUCUCGGGUACAACCUAUCACCUCCUCAAAAACCCCCGUGUAUAUAACCUCCUCGCCGAAGAGAUCCGUUCAGCAUACAACACAUAUGAUGAAAUCACGGACGCUAACGCCUCGAAACUAAAGUACCUUUCCGCCGUCAUCGACGAGGGAUUGCGCAUUUACCCACCGGUCGGGACAGGCACAUACCGCGAAAGCCCCGGGGAAACCGUCGAUGGGAUAUACAUCCCCAAAGGGGUGCGAUCCCCCUCUCCUUUCCCCCACCCUCAAGUUCAUCCCAGAUGGUACUACAUCGUACUGACAUGAGUGGAAAAAAAGGUCGAACUAUCGACAAGCCCCUGGUCCACUUGCCACUCGCCAGAGAACUUCCACGACCACGAGGUGUUCAAGCCAGAACGAUGGCUGGAUCCAGCCUGCACGGAUAAGAAGCACGCCAGUCAACCGUUUUCCCUCGGAAGUCGGGUAUGCAUUGGUCGGAAGUACGUUGCCCCCGUCUCCUCACUCCGGCUGAUCUAACAAUCCCCUCGCGUGCAGUCUAGCACUGAAAGAAAUCCGCCUAGCACUGUCAAAGAUAUUUUGGGUGUACGAGAUGGAGCUGGUGAAUAGGGGCGUGGACCUAAACCGGGACAGCACAAGUUUCGUUCUCUGGGAUAAACCGGAUUUAUGGGUGAGGUUCACGCGAAGACCGGGAGUACGCGUUCCGGUUCUCGAUAGCGAGUAACAUUUUGCGACAUUUGUAUUUUCCUUUCUUUCAUUUUUCCUCAUCCAACCCGCGCAGCAAGCACCCCCUUCGUUCGAUUGGGUCUAGAACGUAUGAUUUAUGGUUAUUUCUUCUAUCGUUGUACUGUAUCGCGCUAUACUAUGCCGUAGCAUACGUGUUAAAAGUGUCAAGAAUUGAGCAUUUUGGUGGUGCAGCGGAAGGUUGUUUAUUCUAUCUGUCUAACUAGCUAAGCGGAGCAAGAACGGUAUAUGUAUAUACUAUCAUGAUGAUGCAAGUCAGGAUACAGAGUACGUGCUUCCACGUACAUCUCCUAUACGGAAUAGUGAGUAGGAAGUCCAAGCAAAUGUCUCUCUGGACCUCCAUCUACAGGACCAUUUCUCAACA